GUGACUGAACCGCUGUAUGAAGAAGACAGGAGGCAAGAGAAAAGAGUGUGAGUGUAAGUAGCUUGCAAACAGCAUCAUCAUCGUCAUCCUCAUCUCUCCAUCGGUUCCCUAUGGGAUCGAAUUUCGCAGCACAAUUUGGGGCUUUCCGGAAAUCCAAUUAGGGAUUUCAACGGUUCUUCUCUCCGUUCCGUUCUCGUUUCGUCGCGGAAUCACAAAACUGAAAACAAUCAAACCUGGGGAGUGAAGGUUCAGGCUUCGAUCCUCGCUCCUUGUGCUGUUGCCUCCUUCGGUUCUGGCGCUCCGUCAUGGCCGAUAACAUGGAAAUCGAUAUUCCCUCCGAUUCCCAGCCGCUCAAGCCUCGCGAUCGAGUUGUUCGGAGGCUUGCCCAGUUUGGUGUUCCUGAGGAGCAGCUCGACCAACCUGGUUUGGUUGCUUUUGUUAAGGAUAAGAGGGCGUUGAUACCUGAGCUGGUGUCUGUGAUAUUGCCUACUGAUGCGGAAGUGGCAGAUGCAUGGGAAGCUAAAUUUUCUUCUAAGAAGACGGCGGUGGGUGUGAUCAUGAAGAAGAGGUUUAACGAGAGCAUGGUGUGGUUGCAGUGGUUGAUGUUUGAGGGUGACCCGGGUGGUGCACUGAGAAGGCUUUCCAAGAUGUCUGUUGGGCAGAGGGGUGUCUGUGGGUCUGUUUGGGGCAACAGUGAUAUUGCUUACAGGUGUAGGACAUGUGAGCAUGACCCAACGUGCGCAAUCUGUGUUCCUUGUUUCGAGAAUGGGAAUCACAAGGGCCAUGAUUACUUUGUUAUAUACACGGGCGGCGGUUGCUGUGAUUGUGGGGAUGUAACCGCAUGGAAGCGUGAGGGAUUCUGCUUGAUGCAUAAGGGUGCUGAGCAGAUACAACCGCUUCCGGAAGAAUUUGCAAACUCCGUUGAUCCUGUGCUUGGUUCCCUUUUCAAUUGUUGGAAAGUCAAGCUAACAUUGGCGAGUGAGUCAGUUACUGAAAAAAAGCAUGUAGCAAAUGAGCUAACUUAUGCCGUGGUUGAUAUGCUUCUAGAAUUUUGCAAGCAUAGUGAGAGUUUGCUCAGUUUUGUUGCUAGGUUGUUGUUUUCUUCUAAUGGUUUAAUUUACAUGCUGGUGAGAGCUGAGAGGUUCUUAACUGAGGUUGUUGUAAAUAAACUCCAUGAGCUACUCCUGAAAUUGUUAGGAGAACCAAAAUUUAAGUAUGAUUUUGCUAAAGUUUUUAUCACUUACUAUCCAACUGUCAUAAAUGAGGCCACAAAAAAAAACAAUGACUCUUGUCUAACGAAGUACCCGCUACUACCCACGUUCUCUGUGCAGAUACUUACUGUGCCCACUCUUACCCCACGUCUUGUGAAGGAAAUCAACCUACUUACCAUGCUGUUGGGAUGCUUUGAAAAUAUUUUCAUUUCUUGUUCUGAAGAUGGACGCUUACAGGUUUCCAUGUGGGUAGGUUUAUAUGAGACAACAAUACGUGUUAUUGAAGAUAUUCGAUUUGUUAUGAGCCAUGUGGUAGUGCCCAAAUAUGUAACUAAUGACCAGCAAGAUAUCUCAAGAACAUGGAUGAGACUUCUUUCCUUUGUACAAGGGAUGGGCCCUCAAAAGAGAGAAACAGGUCAACAUAUAGAAGAUGAAAAUGAGAAUGUCCAUUUGCCUUUUAUUUUAGGGCAUUCUAUUGCCAAUAUUCACUCUCUAUUGGUGGAUGGGGCAUUUUCUGAUGCUAGCAAGGGAGAAAUGGAUGGAGAAAUUGUUUGGAGCUCUAGUAAGAAUGAUUCAGAUGAUGGAGAUAAUCUAAGGCAUGCAAAGGUAGGACGGAGAUCUGAGGAAAGCUCUGCAUGUAAUGUGACCAGUAGGAAUAGUGCCUUAGCUUCUAGAAAGCUUCAUGAGAUAAAAGCCGAUGCCUCUUCUCAGCUGCCUCUUCCACUUUCUGUCUCUUGGUUGAUAUACGAGUGUUUAAGGGCUAUUGAGAAUUGGUUGAGAGUCGAGAAUACCCCUGGUGCAAUUCCUAAUGCACCAUCUCCGAACAGUGGUGCUGUCUGUGAUGGCAAUUUUUCAGCAUUUAAGAGAACAAUAUCCAAGUUUGGAAGGGGUAGAUAUACAUUUGGUAGGCUUGUAAGUUCUAGUGAAGAUCAUGGUAAGCAGUGUUCUGAAAAUAAUGAAAUUGAUUCAGAAAAUACCUGUAUGCGUCCCACGUUUGAUGAUAAUGCCAUGGAAGAAGAUUUCCCCGUGGAAUCAGAUGGUCCGCGUUUUUUGUCAUUGCCUGAUUGGCCACAAAUAGCCUAUGAUGUUAGUUCACAAGAUAUAUCUGUACACAUUCCAUUACAUAGAUUGCUUUCCAUGCUGUUACAGAAGGCAAUGAAAAGAUAUUUUUGUGAAUCUGAAGGGUCAGAUGUGACUCAUGUUUCUUCAGCUAAUUCAUUGCCGACUAGCUACAAUGACUUCUUUGAACAAGCUUUACGAGGAAGUCAUCCAUAUGGUUUCUCUGCCUAUAUAAUGGAGCACCCAUUGAGGAUUAGGGUCUUUUGUGCCGAAGUCCAUGCUGGAAUGUGGCGUAAAAAUGGAGAUGCUGCUUUAUUAUCUUGUGAAUUGUAUAGAUCAGUACGCUGGUCUGAACAAGGUCUGGAGCUUGAUCUAUUUCUUCUUCAGUGUUGUGCUGCACUAGCUCCAGAGGAUCUAUUUGUCAGUAGAAUUCUGGAGCGCUUCGGGCUGUCAAACUACUUAUGUCUAAAUGUUGAACGGUCUAGCGAAUAUGAACCUGUUUUAGUCCAGGAAAUGCUUACUCUUAUUAUUCAGAUAGUAAAAGAACGACGCUUUAGUGGGCUAACUACUGCUGAAUGUUUGAAAAGAGAACUAAUUUAUAAGUUAUCCAUUGGUGAUGCCACUCAUAGUCAAUUGGUUAAGUCUCUUCCUCGUGAUCUCUCCAAGUUUGAACAACUUCAAGACAUCUUGAAUACAGUUGCUGUUUAUUCUAAUCCAUCUGGAUUUAAUCAGGGUAUGUAUUCUCUGCGAUGGCCAUUUUGGAAAGAAUUGGAUUUGUAUCAUCCACGUUGGAAUUCAAAGGAUUUACAAGUUGCUGAAGAAAGAUACAUGCACUUCUGCAGUGUCUCUGCACUAACCACCCAAUUGCCCCAGUGGACCAAAAUUCAUCCUCCUUUAAGGGGGAUAGCCAGAGUAGCCACUUGCAAAGUUGUUCUACAUAUUAUCCGUGCUGUGCUAUUUUAUGCUGCUUUCACUUUUAAAUCAUCUGAAUCUUGUGCUCCUGAUAGCGUUCUUCUACCUGCUCUACAUUUACUGUCAUUAUCAUUAGAUAUCUGUUUUCAGCAGAAAGAAUCUAGUGAGAAUACAUGCCACGAUGUGUCUCAUCUUCCAAUAAUAGCCUUCUCUGGAGAAAUAAUUGAGAGUUCUUUCGGUGAACAAAGCUUGUUGUCACUUCUUGUUUUACUGAUGGAAAUGCACAGGAAGGAAAAUGUCGACAACUUUGUGGAAGCAGGUGGUUGUAGUCUAUAUACUCUGAUUGAAAGCUUACUGAAGAAAUUUGCUGAGAUUGACAACAGAUGCAUGACUAUGUUGCAAAAACUUGCCCCUGAAGUGGUCAGUUAUAUUUCUGAAUAUGUUCCGACUAGAGACUCAAGUGUCUCAUCGUCGGCUUCUGAUAGUGAGAAACGCAAAGCAAAAGCUCGAGAGAGGCAGGCUGCAAUAAUGGAAAAAAUGAGAACCCAGCAGUCUAAAUUCUUGGCCAGCAUUGAUUCCACUGUUGAUGAUAGUUCACAACUUGGUCAUGAAGGUGACUUAGACACUGAGCAAGAUGCAGAAGAAUUCGAUUCUAAACAAGUUGUUUGCUCCCUUUGUCAUGACCAUAAUUCAAAACAUCCUAUCUCUUUUUUGAUUCUUCUUCAGAAAUCUAGGCUUGUGAGUUCCGUUCACCGGGGUCCUCCAUCGUGGGCCCAACUUUGUCGAUCAGAUAAAGAUCACACACCUAUCAUUAACACCAAGGAGACGGAUACAUUGCCUAUGAACUGUAAUUCAGUUAGUUCAGGAUCAACUUCAUCUUCCCACUUAAGUCAAUUUGUUCAGAAUGCUGCGAAAGAAUUAGCUUCUUGUGGGAAACCUGGGGAAGCUCUUACUUUUCUGCAAUAUGUCAAGAAUAAGUUCCCAGCUUUGUCAAAUUUUCAGCUCCCAGACACAUAUUAUGAUGAAAAAGAAAAUACACCAUAUACUUUUGAGACUUUAGAACAGGGUAUGUACUUCUCCAUUUGUGCUGAAAUGCAUGAUCUUCUGUUAUCUUCGAAUUUGAUGAAUGAGGAUGAGAAAGUUUCAAUUGCUGGAGGGAGUUCAAAUCUUAUAAUAGACACUGGAUCUGUAUUGCUUGGGAAAUAUACCGCCGAUCUUCUGCAAGAGAUGUCAGAAAUUUCUUCUGUGUCUGAAAGUGCUUCUAAUGAGACUGCUUCUGUAGAAUCAACAUCACAGCAUCCAGCAUAUGAUGGAUUUGGCCCUACAGAUUGCGAUGGAGUUCAUCUUUCUUCCUGUGGGCAUGCAGUACAUCAAGCGUGUCUUGAUAGAUAUUUAUCUUCAUUAAAGGAAAGAUCUGUCAGAAGAAUUGUUUUUGAAGGAGGACAUAUUGUUGACCCAGAUCAGGGAGAGUUUCUCUGCCCAGUGUGCCGCAGACUUGCAAAUUGUGUCUUGCCAACUUUACCUGGAGAAUUACAGAAGCCUUUUAAGCAGUCUACCAUCUUGAGUACUGAUUCAAUAAAUACUGCACCCCCCUUAGCUGAAUUGAGUGAAUUGACUUAUUCACUUCGCCUCCACCUAGGCUUAAAGCUUCUGCAAUCUGCUGCCAAUGCAGUUGGGAAGGAUAAAUUUCUAAAUGCUAUUCCUUUGCAUCACAUUGAUAGAACUAGAACAAAUCUUGAAAACUUCAUACGGUGGCUUUCUAAAAUGUAUUCCCCUUGCAAAGAAGAGAAGCUAUCAAGAUUUUCCAGACUAAACCACUCAAUGCUAAUGUGGGACACUCUCAAGUACUCUUUGACAUCAAUGGAGAUUGCUGCCCGGUGUGGAAAGACUUCUUUAACUCCAAACUUUGCUCUUAGUGCAUUGUAUGAAGAACUCAAAUCUUCAAGUGGCUUUAUCUUAUCCCUGAUGCUGAAACUUGUUCAAAAGACACGAAGUAAUAAUUCUCUUCAUGUGCUACAAAGAUUUAGAGGUGUUCAACUCUUUGCAGAAUCAAUUUGUUCUGAUGUUUCCCUGAAUUACACAAAUAAUGAGUCUGGGACAGGUGAUAUGUUAAGUAUCUUAAAGCAUAUUGAUAUGGACCUGUCAAACACCUACAUUAGCUUUUGGAGUCAGGCUUCAGAUCCUGUACUUUUCCAUGACCCUUUCUCAACAUUGAUGUGGGUUCUCUUUUGUCUACCACACCCGUUUUUGUCAUGUGAAGAAUCCUUGUUAUCCCUAGUGCAUGUUUUCUAUAUAGUAGCUGUAACCCAGGCUAUAAUUUUGUAUUAUGAGAAAUCUAAGGAUAAACCAUCAAGGGAAUCAGCUCUUUCAGAUUGUCUGAUUACCGACAUAUAUAACGUGAUGGAUGAGUCUGGAUAUACCCAGCAGUACUUUGUGUCAAAUUAUUUUGACCCUAAUGGUGAUAUUAAAAAUGCUAUUCGGAGGUUUACUUUUCCUUAUUUGAGAAGAUGUGCAUUGUUGUGGAAGAUACUCUAUUCUUCUAUCCCUGCACCAUUCUGUGAUGAGGAAAAUAUAUUGGAUAGAUCAUGGAUUGCCCCAAAGGACACAAUGGACAGGGCCAAUAUUGAGAUAUUUGAGGUCACUAAAAUUCAAGAGCUCGAGAAAAUGUUUAAAAUUCCCUCUCUUGAUGUGGUUCUCAAGGAUGAACUUUCAAGAUCUACAGUCUCUAUUUGGUGUCAUCAUUUUUGCAAGGAAUUUGACUUGCGCAGAAUUCAGCAAAAUAUGCAUGUAACACCUGCUGUUCCAUUUGAGUUAAUGAGAUUGCCCAAUGUUUAUCAGGAUCUUUUGCAGAGAUGUAUCAAACAGCGCUGCCCUGAUUGCAAAUCAGUUCUUGAUGAACCAGCUUUGUGCCUACUGUGUGGUAGAUUGUGCUGUCCUAUUUGGAAAUCAUGCUGCAGGGAAAAUGGAUGCCAAACUCAUGCCGUAGGCUGUGGAGCUGGUACUGGAGUGUUUCUGUUGAUUAGGAGAACAACAAUCCUACUACUGAGAUCUGCACGUCAGGCCCCCUGGCCCUCUCCUUACUUAGAUGAUUUUGGCGAGGAGGAUUUUGAAAUGAAUCGAGGCAAGCCACUUUACCUGAAUGAGGAACGCUAUGCUGCUUUGACUUAUAUGGUCGCUUCUCAUGGUCUGGACCGUAGUUCCAGGGUUCUUGGUCGGACCACUAUUGGUUCCUUCUUCCUGGUUUAGUUCAAAUUCUACAUGUUUACUUAGUGUGAAGAAUUUUUUACUGGACAGAUCUCUGGAGGAUGGAAAUCAGUUCUAGAUAUGCCAAUUAUCAUGUCAUACACUCCUCUGACUAAACAGAAGAUCACUAGUCCAUACUGUGUCUUAUGCUAAAAAUGGACGUCUCAUUAAGUAGAUUGAUACAGUAAAGAUUUUAAACUUGGCACCUGUCAGAGAAUCUACCUGCUGGUCAGGGCUGUACAGAUUCUGCCAAUGCUGACAUAGCUGCUAGCUUUCUUCUGCUCCUUGCCUUACCAUAAAGUACGUUUCCAAUGAAGUAGGUGCACAUGUGUACAUAUAUCAUAUCAUACUACUGAGAGGAGCAAUUGCUUCAAGGCAUAGUUUGUGGAAUUAUGGGCUUAUCAGUGGUUUAGGAUGUCUGAAGACACUCAUGUUGCAGUUCUGUAUCCCUUCCUCUCCUUUUCCUUUUAGUUGGGUGUUUAGCUGGGCCAUCUCCUCUACCCAGGUUGAGGAAGCAGGACGAUUCCCUAUUUAUGGGCAUAUUGUAUACAAGGUCUAUCACCCAAUGCUUUAAAAAUUGGCUCGGACAGUCGAACCGACUGAUUGGACUAAGAAUUGGGGACAGAGCUUCGGUUUGAAUCGGCCAGUUUUGCGGUCGAAUUGGUAAGCCGGUCCGGUUGAACAAUUGAACUAAUAUUUAUUUUUUUGUUUAAAUGCAAACUUACCCAGGAAUUGAAAGACCUAAAAAUUAUUCAAAAGUCUUACUACUAAAUCACUACAAUUAAUUAGUCAACUUAUGACGGUGAUUAAAAAAAGUAAUGAAUCAAA